GAGAGAGAGAGAGACUCACUCACAUGAGUGAGUACAGUACACACAGAGUAUAGAGAGAGAGAGAGGGAGAGAGAGAGAGACGGAGCUCAGAGGGUGAGAUGGAGCCGCGGUUGGAGAAGCGCGAUCCGGUCUCCCUGCUGCGGCUCUGCUGAACCCGGGGACGGGAGAACCGGACCGGGGCGCCGCGGAAUGGCUGAUCCUCUGCGGCGGACUCUGCUAGCCAAACUCCGGGGGAAGAAAGGCAAGAAAGGCUCGGUGCCGGCCGACUGGAGCAACGAAGAAGGUAAAGAGAAAGUUUUGCGUGCACGAGACGCGCACAGUCCCCGAGCGGCCGCCGCCACCGCGGAGCUGGAUUACGUGCCGAGCGCGAUGAGAGGUAAGCAGGGCUGUGUGUGCGGGGGGUUAGAGCGCACGGGCGCACGGUGGGCUGACGAAAACGAGCCGCGUGUGCACGCACACGCCGGUCGGGGGGGCGAUCAGAGCGGCGGAUACGGGGGGCAAGACGCACAGAAGCUCGCGUGGGUCUCCGGUCAUAAGCACGAGUUGCUCUUGACGAACGAAGUGAGCAAGCAGCCGGUCGCAGUUCCGCGGAGACACACCGAGGGAGACUCAAUAGGCUUCGGAAACUGCAACGGGGUUCACUUUAUGCCUGCGAUGGAUACCGUUAAAAAUGCGCACUGCCGAGAACCUGCCUUCAAACCCAUCAUGACCAGAGAAAAGCAUGCGGAGGUGGAACGAUGCCUGAACACUGAGAGACUAGAACCUGGAGCAACCAAGAUGCACUGUUCGGAUCCACCUGGCCUUUUCCAGUAUCUCCAUUCCGGACAUGUUAACGAACAAGACUUGAUCCAGACUAUUGAAAGUUCUUUAGAGCUUUGUGAAGAUUUCAGCAUGCCUUCUUUGCAGAGUCCGACCUUUUUCCCCACGGAGCUGGAGAUAGUAGAUGCUGACUUGGCUCCACGCCUGGUGUGUGCAAGAGAGGGAAUGAAUCGCCAAAAUUCCAUAGACAGUGAGGACGAAGACUAUUAUGAUAACGAAAUCCUGCCGUUUUACGAGUCUGGCUCUCAGAGCAAAGAGUCAAACGAGAGCGAAGUUCCAUCCAGAACAUCUUUGCACCCUUUGCAGUCUAAGUCAGACCAGAUUGUUGACUCUAGCGCUCAGGAAACGGACAGACUCAGGAGUCAACUCAAGGAAGCGUACUACCUCCUGAUAAAUGCCAUGGAUGGCAUCGCAUUUGAUGGACAGGUGCAACCAAAUGGCUGCGUGGAGCAAAGCGGCAGCUCAAGUCAGUCUCGUGAUAGCCUGAGUGUGAGUUCUGAUUCUUCCACAAGGCUCUCCAGGUCCUCUGGAGAACAUGGUGGCCACCACUGGAGCCUCCCAAGUCCUGGUGAAAGCAGUGCCGCUGACCGUGGGAGUUCUCGGAGGAGCAAAAGUUUGCAGAAUCUUCUCCUGACCCAAGGGAGGCCUAAUCUGCAGCGCUCCAUGAGCGAUGGUGGUGUCCGGUAUCCUGUGCAGGAGAACCAAGGUGAGCCCUGCUCCGAAAACGGGAGCCUCACUGAAAAUGUGCCAGUGGAUACACCUCCAUUGGCAAAUGGUGGAAACCUGGAUUUGGAGACAGCAGCUACCGAACCCAUGGUUUCAGAGCAUGCAGAGGAGGAGAACAGUGGUUCCAUUAGUCACCAGGAUCCUUCUGAUGGAGUUCCCCCUAGAUUAUCUGACCCAUUGCACUCACAGCAGAUGAAUCUUAGCAAGCAUGUUGGAACGAGUGCAGGAAAACCUCCUGGGGUCACUGUUAACAAGAUGCAGGAGUGGAUGCACAAGGGCCGCUUGCUGUCAUCAGAGAUGAGGCAGAGAAUCGCUGGAUCCUCCUCACAUGGAGUGGCUCAGGAACGCCAUGGAAAUGAGGGCCAAGCCUGGGCCAAAACCUUCAGCCAGGCCAACACCAUAAAUGGGGAAAAAAUAGGAAUCGUGAAUCCUUCAAGUGGACAUCACCCAGUACCUGUGAUGGACACCCGAGACUCCUCCACUCGUCCAGUUCCUCUAAACUCCAUCACAGUCUCCAAGAAGCGUAACUGGCUGAAUCAGAGCUCCACGCGGCCCUCGCCACUCUCCGACGAGGAUGACCACGCACACCCUCCACAAGUACGCACUCACAAUCAACCACAAACUUGCACUCGACCACACACUCACACACCUCGUGUUCCCGCCUCCGACCCUGCUGAGGAGAACGACGCAGACGACGAGGGUGAGAUCUGGUACAACCCGAUUCCUGAGGACGAGGAGGUCGAGCUCCAUCACGGCGAGCAUGGAGCGAGAGUGCCGAGACGGACGAGCGGUGAGGAAGGGGGCAGAGCCUCUACUACUUCCAGGGAUUCUGGGAACUUGAAUGCCAGUCAUUCCAGCGAGCAGAAACAUGUGUACAGACAGAUGUGCAGAUCACAGGAGGAGAAACCCACAAUACGGCCUACAGCUACAGAAUCCCCCGAGCAAAGCGUAUCAGGCUUCUCUCCCCCCUCCAGUCCGAACCCCGCUAAGAAGAGCUGCUCAAUCAACUGGUCGUUCCCGGAGCGCAUCAAAUCUCCACGCACAGUUCGCAAACUGUCAAUAAAGAUGAAGAAGCUUCCCGAGCUCAGCAGGAAGCUCAGUGUUAAAGGGAACCCAACUAACGGACAGACAGAAACCAGGAACCACAUGCUGAGAGCCAAUGGGCCGGCUGAUCUGGGCUCAGGGGGCGUGUCCACGGCAUCCACAAGUGGCAACGUGAUAUGGAGGUAUCACUUGGACAGCAGUGUGUGCACACAGCAACAGAAAAAGAGCAGUGAAUUAGGAGCUCCUAAAUCGGCCAUUAAGGGCGGAUACUUGAGUGACGGGGACUCACCGGAACUAGUUGCCAAAUCUGCUAAGCAUGGCUCGUGUUCUAAAUCUCACCAGAAGAUGCAGGAAAAGGAUUCAUUUUCGAAUUCUGGCGUCUCCAAACUGGCUGAUGUGGCUUCUUUCCGUCCUUACAGCUUGCCAGAACAGGCAAAGUGCGCAUCGUCACCACCGGUCUCAGGCCUGCUGAGUGUGCACUUGUGCGGCGCUGAGGGUCUAAAGACACCACGAAGCGACGAAUCGCGCCACAUCUACUGCGCUAUUCAAGUCGACGAAGCAAAGCGGGCACGCACUGCGCUGCUCCCCUGCCGCGCCGACUUCCUCGCCAUGGACCACACCUUCCAGCUGGAGCUGGAGGAAGCUCAGCGGCUCCGCCUCGUCCUCUUUGGUUGUGAGGCGACAUCGGCGCCAAGGAGGCAGCGAGUGUGCUGCCACGGAGCAGUGGCUCUGGCGCCGCUCUUCAGGACACCGAAUACCGCUCGUGUGCACCGGCUCGCCGUGCGCCUCGAGCCACGUGGAGUCAUCUACGUCAAACUGGGAUUGACGGAAAGGCGGCAGAGCUUGACAGAAGGGAAUGAGGUGGAGAAGGAACGAGAGAGGGCGGUUUUCGGGGUGGACGCGGCACGAGUGGUGGAUCGCGAGGCCACCGGGCUCAUGGUGCCGCUCAUCAUCGAGAAGUGCAUUGGCGAGAUUGAGAGGAGAGGAUGCCAGGUAGUGGGAUUGUAUCGCCUGUGUGGCUCGGCUGCCGUCAAGAAGGAGCUGAGGGAGGCGUUUGAGAGGGACAGCCACGCUGUAGAGCUGUCGGAGAGCAACUACCCUGACAUCAACGUCAUCACAGGUGUUCUUAAAGACUAUCUGAGGGAGCUGCCUCAUCCUCUCAUCUCUAAGCCUCUGUACGAGGCGGUGCUAGACGCCAUGUCCAAGCGGCCGCUGAUCAUCGGAAACGGCGGCUGUGAGAACGACCCGGCCGACUCGGAGCACGCCGCGGGUUUGCUCGAGACGCUGCCUGAGGUUGAGAAGAUGACUCUGAGGAAACUUCUGGACCACCUGAAGCGCGUCGCGUCGCAUCACGAGGUGAACAAGAUGACGUGUCAGAACCUGGCCGUGUGUUUCGGACCCGUGCUGCUCAGUCAGAGACAGGACGCUUCGGGUCUCGCUAACCGAGUGUUCAUGGACUCGGAGGAGCUAGCCAGCGCUCUGCACUUUAAAAAGCACAUCGAGGUUCUGCAUUAUCUGCUGCAGCUGUGGCCUGUUGUGGAUGUCCAGAGCAAACCCUCGUCUCCGGCCCUGGACCCGCCCGCCCCGGUGAGGAGAAGAAAAGAGCGCCCUCAGGUGUUAAACCUGAGCGACGCUGAGCUAGCGGGAGUUCUGCGUCCCCGUCCUGGGCGCCUGGACAGUCCAAGCAACCGCUACGCCGGAGACUGGAGCGACUGCAAGGAGACGUACCUCCAUCAGAUGUGUCCCGAGGAGGAAGAGGAAGCGGACUACGCCGACGUGCCGAGCGAAGAGGAGAGGGAUCAGGGCAAGGACAAAGAACGAAGGGAAGAGGAUGAUGAAGUGCUAGAGAGUGGAAAAGAUGUACAAAUAGAAGUGGAGAAGGAGCAAAAGACUGACGUUCAGGAAGACGUUAAUGUUGGAGAAAAACAAAAAAUUGAGGACACAGCAUUGCUAAUGUCGUAUGAUCGGAUGCUAGUGGAGCGAGAAGAGCACCGAGCCAAAGAGCACACCUAUCAGGCGUUCAUGAAGAUCCAGGAGAUCAGCCCUGUCCUGAGCAACAGGGUGAACCUGCGAGAUCUUCAGGAGAGCAUCGACGCUCUCAUCGGCAACCUGGAACGAGAGCUGAACAAGAACAAGCUCAACGUCGGGUACUAAUAUGCUAAACACUUUACGUCAGGUUUUGGCUUUUGGUGUUUCGUCUCCAUGAUGAAACGUCACGAUUCUGGUCUCUCAACCAUCGCACUUCUCACACACAAUUCACACACACUUACGGACUUACUGACAUUCCUUACGUUUAAAAUAUCUGACUUUCGAGGCCUCAGAGGUUUCUUCUCGGGUUCCUCGUCAUCUGGUUUGGUUUGUUACAUUUGUUAUCGUCGCCGCUAUCGUUGUUUUCUUCUUAUUAGAAGAAGCCAUCGAGCCCUGAGGGGUGAGCCAGGUGCCUUAAUCGUGUAAAGGUGGUACUUAAGGCUGUGGAGAACUUUUUUUUUUUUUUAAUAAUUAUUAUUUCUAUCGAGGUACAGAAAAAUAAUGUAAACCAAUGCACUUACAAAGCCAGCUUUUAGAGGCGGGGCCAAGGAUUCAGGUCAUCGAUAUACAGUUAGAUGAGUAGAUCUUUACGCUAAACCUUAAACAUGCCAAUAUUCUAUAAACUACAUACAACCCAAAAGCUACCUACUUCCUGUAGACACCCCUAAAUUCCUGAAAUACUUACACCCGAAAGGAUUUAACCUACCAGUCCAUAGGAUUUGUAAAAUCCGUAAACAGUACAACCCCCAAAACACUUUAAAAGACUUAAGCCUUACGUCCUGAAAUCCCAAAAUCUCUGAACUAAAUCCACCUCAAGUCCCAAAACAUCCUAAAAAAGUUCCCCACCACGGUACGGGGCUUAAAUUAAACUUUGACCAACCAAUCACAAACUUAACUUUUACUAUAAAUAUAAAAUAAAAUAUUGGUUUUAACUUCUCAAUUUAUUCGCUCAGCCACAUUUACUCAGCUUGCUAGCUACGGAAAUGCAAACCUGUGCUUGGCGAGCUUAGCUAACGUUAGCCAUAUGUCUCCAGAAGUAGCUAUAGGACGUACAUAUUGGAGUUCUCUCAAGCUAAUAAACAUGUGAUUAACCAGUAUGCAUGCUAAUAUACAAAUUAGCUAAUGUUAGACUAACGAUUGUUGAGUAAAUAAAACCAGGAUUCGAGUUCUCUUGCAAGCUGGCUAAUAUUAGCGAAAGUAUUGUGGUGAUGUCAUCAGCAUGUUCGCCCUGAAUAUCAUCUUAUUUGCUAUUCUGUAGUUUGCUUUAAAUUUAAUAACGGAAGCGUGUCAACCUUCCAGAAUGGAAAAUAAACGCUAAUUUUGUUAAUGUUAUUUAAAAGUAGCAUGUAGAACCUAUUAGAGAAUAAUCGAACCGUAACUGAAGCCUGUUUUUUCUCCACUCUGCUAAUUAUUUUUGAAUCCUACGCCUCGUUGGGAAAAUAAACACAGCUGGUCGUGUGUUUGCUAACGACAGGUACGUGUGGAACACAUUUUCUCCACAGUCCAGGGAAACAGUUUCGUCAGUAUUUAUCAGAUACAAGUGUAAAUAUAAUCGGAGUACGCUGUAUUUUUUAACAGCUUACGUUUCCGUGUGUGUGUAUUUAAAUGUUUCUCAGCUGCCUUGUAGCAUUCGGGCUUAAAAAUAAUAAAUGUAUAAAUAAGGUGAUCUUUUUUCUUAUUUGCGUGUGCAGGACGAGUCGAAGCGACUUAAGUGGUAAGUUACGAAGAAGAAGAAAAAGUAGAAGUGUGAGGUUUCGUGCACGCACUAGUUUCUUGAACGCUGCAUGGUCAAAAGCUUUACAGUCCUGAAUACUCGUCUGCUUCAUUCGUCUGUAUUUAUGUGUGUAAAUAGAGAUUAUUUUAAUGACGCUCACAUGGUUGGUUUGUUUGUUUGUUUGUUUGUUUGUUUUCUGUUUGGCAGCUGCUCACACAGUUGUGAAUUCAUCUUUGUGAACUUCAUUUAUUGACGCUAAUAUGAAAACGAACGGUGUGUAAUCGUGCGUUAAACCUGUUUGAAAGAAGUUUGAGAAGUUUUCAAGGUCAUAGCAGAAAGGUCAAUGUUCAUGUUAUUAAUGUUUCUGACGUUGCUUUCACGUCCGUUUGACGAGUCUGAAUAGGAGCGAAGUGGAUUUUAGGAUCCUGGGUCAGUUGAUUUGCUCAUACACAUAAGACAACAUGCUAGUGUGAACGCAGGCUAAUUUAGCUCAGUUAAAACCGUUUCUUUUUUUUGUACUGCAAUGUGAACCCGAUCUCUUUUUCUCAUUCCUGAAAAACUGUGAGCUGGAAACUAAUGUUGUAUUAUGGCAUUAUUUUGCUGGCAAAAGUCAAAAUGCAAAGGCAAAUUUCCUUUUCUCUGUUUGCGCACUCAAAUUUAACAAAUUUUCUCAAAUUCUCAUCUUUCGCCAGUAAAAUAACACUGUACCGUUUUGUUGUUUAUCGUGUGAGGCGGCUUAAAGCGCUGAUCUGUGAUCAGAUUUUUAUUUAGAGUUCUGUCCUCUAUUAUACAGAGGAUGAAUUUUGAUCCUGGGUCAGGUAUUAAGGAUUCACUCAUACACAUGGGGGGAAAAAAGGGUACUGGAUUUAAUGUACAGUGUGAGCUGCUCAUUUUAUUGUGAAAACAUUCCUUAAUUUGUCUCUAUUUCACCUUGGAAAAAAUGUACGAAUGCUUAUUUUGUGUUUUGUUUUUUUUUUUUGUUUGUUUGUUGUUUGUUUCAAUUCAUUGGACAGCCCUAAUAUGAUGAAUCUGUCACUAAAUCAGAUAUACUUUGUACUGAUACUGAAAAAAUAUAUGGUCAUAAUAAAGUAUAUAUUUCA